AUGGGCUGCUCCAGCAGCGCCCUCAACAAGGCCGGCGACGGCAGCAGGUUCCGCAGCGGAGUACCUUUAAAUGAGAAUUCAUCCACUGGAGAACAAAGCAAGUUCUGCGUGGCCCAACCCAUGCCGUGCACGCCAGGGAGAGAAGCUGCCUUCUACGGCAGUGCACAAAGGCCUGGCCAGGUCCCGUUAGAGAGGCCCAAGGCUUCCGUGCUUCCUACAGCCAAUGGUGUUAAAUCCUGCCACCAACCAUCCCUGGCAAAUGAUGAGGCCUCUGGAAAGGAUGCCGCAGACCCGUCAGGACCCACAACGAAGACCGAGCCUCUAGUGCAAGGGGAAGAAUCUGAUCUACUUCGGCCAGGAGGCAAAGAUGAUACGUUGGGGGCGGAGGAAAUGAAGAAAGAUGUAGAAACAAGGACAGAGAGCCAGUCUCUGAAAGGAAACGUUGAGGCUGAACCUCUAGGAACAGAAGCCGGGAGCCAGCCUCUGAGCACACCGGGAGAGAAGGACUCCCAGGGAGCAGUGGAGGACUCUGAGAUUCCACAAGCUGCCAGAGGGACGAAACUUCUAGAAACGGCGAGGGAGAGCGCUCUUCCUCUGGAAACGGCUGAACUGCCGGAACUGCCGCCUGAAGAAGAAAUGAGAAAGGAUGAGCAGCCCCAGACUGCAGAAGCAAUUCCCAAAGAGAGCAACUCUCCCGAAGUAGCAGAAGGGGGUCAGUCUGCAGAAAGCAGUGAGAAGCAGCAACCUCAGGAAGCACCUUGCAAAGAUGAGCAGCCCCAACUUCUGGAAAGAAUCCUCAAAGAGAGCGAAACACCGCAAGUGCCUGACGGAAGCCAGCUGGAGCAGACUCCUGUAAUGAAUGAGUCACUCUGUGAAACUCCUGAUGGGACCAGAAACACCCAGGGAUCUCACCCCGAAGCCAGCGUUGGAAGCCGGGAGAAGCUGGCAGGAGCUGCAGAGACGGCAGCAAACGUGGACAUGGCCAGAGAAAUUCAUACCGAUAAAGAGGAGCAACACAUUGAAGGUGAGACUGGAGAGAAGAUGGAAGCAGAGAAGAAACACGAGAAAGGAAGUGAAGAAGCUGAAGUCAAAGAACAAGAAACAGGAGAAGCUGCGGACGUGGGGCCGGCAGGGGAUAGCGACGGAAGGGCUACUGCACACAGCUUGUUAUAGAGAAGGGCAGGAAAAUUUGAGGCUGUGGGGGCAGAUGCCAUCUUUCUGUGGCUGUAGACUGAAUGUAGAAACCAGGAAAAUAAAUGCUGUUUUUGAUUCUG